AUGCCGAGUGGUAGGUUGACCGGUGUUUGUACUGUCGGUGCUGCGCCACAGUUCUUUGCUUAUUGUCGUAUGACCCAAAGCAAAGCCUUGUCAGAACUUAACUGUGCUGUGGCAUCUGAACAUUGCUAUAUAAACAGGUCAUUAAGGAAUUCAGAUGGCAUAACCACAGAGAUUGAGCUUGAAAGUCGUAGGUACUACGGCGGAGAAGAAGCAAGCAGGUCAACUUCAAACAGAGGCACUGCUACCAGCGUCAUUGGGCUACUGGAGGUUGUUGAGUCUGAUGCGAUGAAGAACGUGGCCCAGCUGCAGGUUGCAGAAGCAUCAGCUCAGGUAGACUUUACCAAGACUUUACAGGACAUGGAGAUGGAGAGGGCCCGUAAGGAGAAGGAUGUGCAGCACAAAACCCAGGCAGCUCGGCGCUUGGGUGAAGAUGUCCAAGAGCUUCAGUCAGAUGCAAAAAGUAUUCAGACGGAGCUGUCUGCAAUCAAGUUUGACAACGGACUUACCGCCGAGUGCUUUGUUCCUCCCGAAAGUCUCGAGGAAAGAAGUGAAAGAAGGCGAGCUGAAAUAGAAGGACUGAAAGAUGCCUUGGAAUUGCUAGAUGCAGCAGAUGCAGAUGAUGUGCAGGGUGCUGCAUUUUCAAGUCUCCUGCAACCCCAAGCAUUCCGCUUGCGGGGCAGACGUGCUUACCUCCAACCUGACGGCUGA